AUGGCGAGAUACUACAACCUCGGACUCUGCUACCUCCUCCUGUUCCACUUGUUCUGCGGUGCCAUUGCUGAACAAAACAACCAAAACCCAGAAAAAAUUUCACUACUUUCCUUCAAAAAUAGCCUCCACAACCCACAACUCCUCCCUUCGUGGCACCCUGCAACUCCGCACUGCGACUGGGUCGGCGUCACUUGCCAACUCGGCCGAGUCAACUCGCUCUCCCUCCCUUCUCGCAAUCUUAGGGGCACCCUCUCUUCCUCCCUUUUCUCUCUCACCUCCCUCGCCACCCUCGACCUUGGCGACAACAACCUCUCCGGUGAACUUCCCGGGGAACUUGGCCGCUUGACUCAGCUGGAGACCCUCCGACUCGGCUCCAACUCGUUUGCCGGAAAAUUACCUCCUGAGCUGGGACUCCUCACAGAGCUUCGCACCCUAGACUUCUCCGGCAAUGCCCUAGCCGGAGAACUUCCGGAGACUAUCGGAAACCUGACCCAACUCGAGUUCCUCGACCUCAGCAAUAAUCUAUUCUCAGGUUCACUACCUUUGUCUCUGUUCACAGGACCCGUAUCUCUGAUUUCCCUUGACAUCUCCAACAACUCUUUUUCCGGCGAGGUUCCGCCGGAGAUCGGGAACUGGAGGAACAUCACCGCACUCUAUGUGGGGAACAACAGAUUAUCUGGGAGGUUACCUAAGGAAGUUGGUGAGCUUUCAAGGCUUGAGAUUUUCUAUUCACCUUCCUGUUCCAUUGAAGGUCCAUUACCCAAGGAAAUGGCAAAGCUCAAGUCUUUAACAAAACUUGACCUUUCCUACAACCCCUUGAGGUGUUCAAUUCCUGAGUUUAUUGGGGAACUUGAGAACCUCAAGAUUCUUGACCUUGUUUUUGCUCAGCUCAAUGGCUCAGUGCCACCUCAGCUUGGAAGAUGUAGAAGCCUGAGGUCUGUUAUGCUUUCUUUUAACUCACUCUCUGGUUCAUUGCCUAUGGAGCUCUCUGAGCUUCCAAUUGUGACUUUUUCUGCUGAGAAGAAUCAGCUUCAUGGGCCAUUGCCUUCCUGGCUUGGAAACUGGACCAGUGUUAACUCUCUGUUGCUCUCUGCUAAUCAUUUCUCCGGUGUGAUUCCGCCGGAGCUCGGGAACUGCAGUAUGAUGGAGCAUCUCAGUUUGAGCAGCAAUUUGUUGAGUGGAGAAAUACCUGAGGAGCUAUGCAAUGCUGCAUCACUUUUGGAGAUUGAUCUUGAUGACAAUUUCCUCUCUGGCUCCAUUGAGAAAGUGUUUGUCAAGUGCAAGAACCUCACUCAGUUGGUCCUCAUGAACAAUCAGAUUGUUGGUUCAAUACCUGAUUACUUUUCCGAGAUUCCCUUGAUGGUGCUGGACCUUGACUCCAACAAUUUCACUGGCAACAUUCCUUCCAGUCUCUGGAAUUCGUCCACUCUGAUGGAAUUCUCAGCCGCGAAUAACCGUUUGGAGGGUUCUCUUCCUGUUGAGAUUGGCAAUGCUGUUAUACUAGAAAGGCUUGUUCUUAGCAAUAAUCAAAUUUCCGGUACUAUACCAAAGGAAAUUGGAAGGCUCACUGGCCUUUCUGUUCUUAAUCUGAAUGGUAACAUGCUUGAAGGGAGUAUUCCAAUUGAGCUCGGUGAUUGCAUUUCUCUUACCACAUUGGAUCUUGGAAACAAUAGACUCAAUGGCUCCAUUCCUGAGAAACUGGUGCAGCUGAGUCAACUGCAGUGUUUGGUUCUUUCUCACAAUGAUCUGUCCGGGCCUAUUCCCCAUAAGAACUCUUCCUACUUUCGACAACUUACCAUACCGGACUUGAGCUUUGUUCAGCACCUUGGUGUGUUUGAUUUGUCCCAUAAUAGAUUGUCUGGCACCAUACCUGAUGAGCUGGGGGGCUGUAUGGUGGUUGUGGAUCUAUUGAUCAGUAACAACCUGCUAUCUGGGAGUAUUCCAAGAUCACUCUCGCGCUUGACUAAUCUUACAACUUUGGAUUUGUCUGGCAACUUAUUGUCCGGUUCCAUUCCACCAGAGCUUGGAGAUUCCCUUAAGCUGCAGGGUUUAUAUCUGGGAUUCAAUCAACUCUCAGGUGCAAUCCCUGCAAGUUUUGGGAAAUUGAGUAGUUUGGUGAAGCUGAAUUUGACAGCGAAUAAGCUGUCUGGUACAAUUCAAAUUAGUUUUCGAAACAUGAAAGAGUUGACACACUUGGACUUGAGCUCCAAUGAGCUCAGCGGCGAGCUUCCGUCCUCACUGUCAGCAGUGCAAAGCCUUGUUGGGGUUUAUGUCCAGAGGAAUCAGCUUUCUGGCCAAGUAGGGGAGCUCUUCUCAAACUCAAUGACUUGGAGGAUUGAGAUUAUGAAUUUGAGUGAGAACUGGUUCGAUGGGAACUUGCCACGAUCUUUGGGAAAUCUUUCGUACAUGACAAAUUUGGAUCUUCACAGAAAUAUGUUGACUGGAGAGAUUCCUCCGGACCUCGGAAAUCUGAUGCAAUUAGAGUACUUUGAUGUUUCAAGUAAUAAACUAUCAGGAAGGAUUCCAGAGAAGCUAUGCAGCCUAGCUAAUCUGAAUUUCCUAGAUUUGUCUCAAAACAGAUUGGAAGGGCCAAUACCAAGAAGUGGCAUUUGCCAAAACUUAUCAAGAGCUAGAUUUGUGGGGAACAAAGAUCUUUGUGGGAAAAUGCUUGGUAUUAAUUGUCAGAUCAAAAGCAUUUGCAGGUCGGCUUUUUGCGACGCAUGGAGGCUAGCUGCAAUUGCCAUUACAGUCAUACUGAUAACUCUGAGCAUUGGUUUUGUUCUAUACAAAUGGUUUAGCAGGAGGCAAAGUGAUCCUGAGGAACUUGAGGAGCGCAAACUAAACAGCUAUGUGGAUCAAAAUCUAUAUUUCCUGAGCAGUAGCAGAUCAAAAGAACCUCUGAGUAUCAAUGUGGCAAUGUUUGAGCAACCUCUUCUGAAAUUAACCUUGGCUGAUAUCCUCGAUGCUACUGACAACUUCAGCAAGGCAAACAUAAUUGGAGAUGGAGGUUUUGGAACUGUGUACAAGGCCACUUUGCCUAAUGGAAACACAGUUGCUGUGAAGAAGCUCAGCAAAGCUAAAACGCAGGGUCAUCGCGAGUUCAUUGCCGAGAUGGAAACCUUGGGCAAGGUGAAGCAUCAAAACCUUGUUGCAUUGCUGGGAUAUUGCUCAAUGGAGGAGGAGAAAGUCCUUGUUUACGAGUACAUGGUAAAUGGGAGCUUAGAUUUGUGGCUAAGAAACAGGACCGGAGCCCUUGAAAUCCUGGAUUGGAAGAAACGUUACAAGAUUGCAACCGGCGCAGCUCGAGGGCUAGCUUUCCUUCAUCAUGGUUUCAUACCCCACAUCAUCCACAGGGAUGUUAAAGCAAGCAACAUUCUUCUGAAUGAGGAAUUUGAGCCAAAAGUGGCAGACUUUGGACUUGCAAGAUUGAUCAGUGCUUGUGAGACUCACAUCACCACUGACAUAGCCGGAACAUUUGGUUACAUCCCUCCUGAGUAUGGACAGAGUGGGAGAUCCACAACAAGAGGAGAUGUGUACAGUUUUGGUGUCAUUUUGCUCGAAUUGGUGACCGGAAAAGAGCCAACCGGACCUGAUUUCAAAGAGAUUGAAGGUGGGAAUUUGGUUGGAUGGGUUAGUCAGAAGAUCAAGAAAGGUGAGGCUUCUGAUGUUCUUGAUCCAACAGUUCUUGAUGCUGAUUCAAAGGCAACGAUGCUUCAGAUGCUGCAGAUUGCUUGUGUAUGCCUCUCAGAUAACCCUGUGAACCGCCCUACAAUGCUUCAAGUGCACAAGUUCCUCAAGGGAUUAGGGGAUAGUAGUUGAUUCAAUGCUUCAUAUUAUAUAUAGUAUUUUCAGUUUCUAUUUAACUGCAGACUCAUCUAACACGAGCUUCAUUAUAUAUAUGUAAAAGCUCUCCUUUGCAAAAUAAUAAUUAGUACUCACAGAGUUGUUUAUUGAACUCGUGCGUUUAU